AUGAACAAAGAACGUGGAGCCAAAGAUCGCAAUCGAUCCAGAGUCUCCCAAGCGUGCAGGAGGUGCCGGGCAAAGAGGAAUAAAUGUGACGGUUCGCGUCCCGCAUGCUCAGCAUGUCUUACCUCAGGCCACGAUUGUGCCUACGAUGUGCGGCUACGAAAGCGUGGUCUACGCGAGGGCUAUGUUCGGAGUCUUGAGAAGAUGCUAGCACUGGCGAUUCGAGAGUUAAACGGAUUCGAGGACGACGCUCUCGCACUCAUAGGAGUCAUGCCGGAAUCAGUAGCCCUCCAGAAUCAGUUCAGUGCUCCUUGGACAGACGCUGAGUCGUCAAAUAAGCUGUAUCAAUCAUGGAAAGCGAGUCGACUUCACAGAGCGUUAGAAGGAACCCUCUCUUAUCCGGAAACUGUUCCACCACCUGGCACUUUCGCACACGGUAAACCGCAAAUUGACGAGGUGAUGGUCAGCUCAAUGAAUCAGAGUCAAGAUUACAUGGAAGUCGACCAAGGUCUAUCAUUUGAUAGCGUUAGGAUGGAACAGCCUGAUGCCUUAAGUGAACUGCCGUAUGCGGCUACACGUACAAACUCCCAGUCAGGCAAUACGUCCUCUCCCUGCCUACCUCCACUGCCACCGAAUGCUACGCGACUUCUUCAAACUUACUAUGCCACCACGCAUUCAUGGUUUCCGAUCAUUCCUAAGGAUGAGAUCACUCGCACAUUACAUCUCUACUCCGAACAAGCAUACUUUCAAGCAGGACGCAGCACUUCCUGUGCUUAUGAAUCCACGUUAUGGGCGAUCCUGAGUCAUUCUACCUGUGCUGCAAGUGUCCGACAGCCGGGUGAAUCUUCACAACUUCUUUCCGAGGCAAAACGCUACUACUUUAUCAGUCGACGCCUCAUACCCAACCGGACAGAGCACUGUGGACUAGGACAUCUGGAAGCUAUCCUCUUGCUCGUAUUGGUCAAUAUCGAGGUUGAACAGUGGCUCGCAGCCUGGCUUCUCAUUGGCAGAGCGGUCAAAACAGUAAUGUCUUUGGGGCUUGAUGAACCCUACGACAGCCAGUGGUCGGUGAUGAUCCAAGAGGGAAGGACCGUCGCUUUUGGGUGUUUUGUUAUUGACUCCUUCCUCGCCUUUUGGAGGCGAGAACCUCCGCAUAUGCCUGCAGAGUAUCUUGAUGGCGUCGCGCUAAGAGAGGAGGACGAGUGGACGUCGUGGCCAGCCCUAGUGCUUCCGUACCAGAAAGUGGUCUCGACAAAUAGCCCGCCAUCAGCGCCGUUACAUAGCUUCAGCUGCUUCCAAAAGCUUGUGGAGCUCGCACGCAUGGCAAAUAGAAUGGCUGGGGGCGUGGGACACAGUAGUCUUUCCCUCCAAACCUUCGUUUAUGAACUGAGUCAGUGGGAGAGUCAGAUUCCCCGAGAGUGCCGCCUCAUCGGUCCUGAUAGCAUAUACCCAGAACGACACCCCGAUGUGCUUUCACAUCAGAUCUACUUGACUUUAGGAUAUAUUGCGAUACUGUUGUCUCUAUAUGUGGAGAUUACCAUCCAAGAGUUGAGCGUUACUCAGGUCGGGGUGCAGGCCCGGGAGAGAGCAAAGAAGCUACUCUGCAGAGUAACUCACGUUUUUUCACAUCAUGCGAGUCAGUUCUGCGUAUGUGAACUUUCAACAAUAUCCAUGAUAUCUCUGAAGAUUAUUCUUGAUAGGGCACGACUGCUCCAUGAGACGCAACCGGGGACCUUUCCCUACCAGAAAUGGAUGGAAAGUCUUCGUUGCACGUGCACCAGUCCUUGCCCGGCAUCGCCUCGGUUCUGUUCCCUGAAGGCGGAUUUAUCGCGUUUACUUUGUUAUCUGAAGGAGAAGAAGGAGAAGAUAUUGAUUGUGAUUGUAUAG